AUGCCCUCGCCGCCAACGAUAGGGCCAACUCGCUCGGCGUGGUUCGAAUGUAUCCAACUAGCUGAGCACACGAACGUAGAUAUUGUUGCAAUUCCGCCCAUCGGGGCCGAUCAUCAAAAAUCCUGGACGGCCCAGGGAUCCAAGUCACCGUGGUUGGGCACUGAUCUGCUAAACCGCAUGCCGCGAGCGAGGGUGCUGCUGUACAACCAUGGCCAGUUGCGCGAGCGUGAUAAGAUCGAUCGCCUGGGUCAGCGGCUUUUGAACCGCCUGCUCGAACAGCGCAAACAAUACAGUCCUCGACGACCGAUCUUCUUCUUAUGCCACAGUACCGGCGGCUUAGUAGCCAAGGCAUGUCUGGCUCUUGCCCCACGGGCCGAGCCGAGCCAGGCUAUCGUAACCAGCUGUCAUGGCAUCGCGUUCUUCGCGACGCCUCAUCAGGGAUCGACGUAUCUGUCGGCGGAAGAGUAUCAACGGAGUAUUCGACGAUUGCUGUAUCUGGAGCAUGAGAUACCGCUCUCGUUGCGGGAGCAGUUUCGUCCGCGACAGGAAAGACUAUGGCAUCUUUCUAACCAGUUCAAGGCGCUCUCUGCUGACAUGAAGGUCUGGUCGUUCCUCGAGACUAUUGACUCGACUCUGCAUGUGCAAGAUUUGGAGUCAAAUUGUCUCAUAGAGUUCCAUGCCCCGAUUACGUCUAUCAGAUCUGGUUUGCUCAGUAUAGAGCACGAGAAUGAAAUUCCCAUGGGAACGGAUCAUGCUGGAACAUCCUGUUUCCAAGGACAGGAAUCGGCUCUAGAGGCCUUUUUGACCGAACUCAAUGACGCUGUCAAUGUGGCUGCAGAGCUUUCAAAACUUCAGGAUCAUCAUUUGCACGUGGAGCAGGAGGUCAUGGUCCAAGUCAACGGGUUCUUUGAAGAUACCGCCCUCGGUGUUAGCGACGAAACUCCUCUCAAGCUGUGGUCCACGCAGGUUUCCUUGGAAAAAUACCUGGCUAAAGGACCAUCAACUUGCCUUCGUGAGCGUCUGGAGCGGAUUCAGCCCGGCACAUUGGAUGAUUCUUCAUUGAGCAGUUACGGUAGUCGAUUUCCCUCCCCAAAGGUAGUUCAGGGGCCUGAAGAGCAAGAUGAUGAAAAUUCAAGUGAGAAUGACUUUAAUGAUAACGAUCAUGAUGACCACAAUGACCGCUAUGACCAUGAAGCUGUGCACGAAAGUGAUGAACGACCCUCGAGGCCGCCCAUGAAACACGGCCAGAGCUACCAAAGCCCCAUAGAUCCAGCACUCCAUUCCCCAACCAUCCACAUCACCAAGGCUGCCACCGAUGGGUAUUUUGAUAGACCCGCAAGUGAAAGCCCCCCUCCCCCAGUGGAGCGCCGAACGAAGGAAACGAUCGCCCAAGCACUAGGCCUGUCCCACCUUAAAUCCCACAAGCGAAAUGUAUCAGAAGACAGCUAUCACGCGAGUAGCUCCCGGCCUGGCUCGAGCUCUGUAUCCCCGUCGCGACAAGCUAACUUUUUAACAAUCCCGGCAUCGACACGAGACCGUAUAAACGAGGAUGCCGAGGGAGCGGAUAUACCGCGCUCACUGCCGCGAUUUGACAGGCCCGAUGCGGGCACAGAAAAGCUGCUGUGGAUACACGUGCCUUAUACACAUACCGGAUGGGUGUCACAGGUUAUUCGGCGAGCAUGUCAGGACCGCCAGGAACCGACGUUUCUGCGAAAGUUCAUUAAUGAUGAAAAUUGGUACCUGAAUCUCAAUAGGGCGCGACAUAAGGAGCCACAUGCCAGGUUCGUGCGACCAAAAUGCAUUCACUCACGGCAGAUGGAUGUGUCCUACGGGACCAAGGAAGGAGAUGCAGAAGACCCUCAACUGGCUCUUUAUACACCUUAUCUCCACUGGGAUACAUAUCGAAAUCUGAUACAACGCCGCAAGGUCGUUGAAGACCGAGUCCACCAGGGACGAUCGAGGCCAGUGCCAUACCGUAUCAACAGAUCAAGCCUCGAGGCCAAGCUUAUAUGGCAAUACUUGGGCUGCGAGCCCCCGAUUCACUUCCGACGCACUUUGGACCAAUACGGGUAUCCCAAUCUACGCUCGACGGUGGCUCGAGACGACGACCAAAUGCUCUGGAAGCGUACUCGCAAGCCAGCUCGGAUCGACGAUCAACUCCGGGAGUACCUGGAAGCAACAAAUGAUGAUCCAGAAGGCACCGAGCCUACCGAGUUUAUGGAUGGCAAUGUAUUGAUGGUCGACCAGCUUUGGCUCUGGAUCGUCGACCGAAAGACUAUUGUCACGUUCUUCCCUAAUCAAGAGGCGACUACGUCAGAGGGGAAGCUGUUUGAGCAGACGAACUUGCACAGCAGUAUUUAUAAUGAGUUGAACGGAGAUCUGGCUCGUCGGUUUGAGACGGCGGGUGACCUGGCCGCUUUGAUCAUUUUACACGCUACGACUGUUCUCCUGGAUAAGACUCUCCAUCGCGACUUGCAAGUCCUGCGAAUCUUUGAAGAGUCGAUCAGUAUUCUAACUGAAUCGGUAACCAAAUCUUUCAAACGCUUCCGCAAUCGAGGCUUCGUCAAUCGUCCAGCGGACUAUGAUCGCACCGCAGAAGGCAAAAACAUGACCGGUGCGCAGCGCGACGCAAGAGAUCAACAAACAGCCCGUCGAAACCGCGACGACCUCUCCGUUCUUCUUGAAUUACGCGAUAUCGAAGACGAGCUCUCAACAAUUCUGAAACUCCUCGAUCAGCAGGAUACUGUCGUCAAGAGCAUGAUGAAAUACUUCGAUCGAAACGGAUGUGGUAUAGUCUUCCUCAACGCCGCACAGAUGCGCAUCGACGAGUACCGCACACAGAUUGGCGAGAUGAAGGAGAACAGCCAUCUAGCCCAGAAGGCAGUCGAGACUCUGCUUGACUUGAAGCAGAAACAGGCCAAUGUUGAUGAAGCAAAGAUGGCUCGGUGGCAGGCCGAGGAGACGCAGAAUCAGUCUCGGUCGCUGAUGGUAUUCACCAUUUUCACAGUUAUCUUCCUGCCUCUGUCCUUCUUUACUUCGCUCUUCGGUAUCAAUGCUCGUGAAUGGAGUGGCACGCCUGAGAAUUUAUCUCUUGCCCAGAUGCUUGAGAUUGGAGCGCCGGCCUCCUUUGCAAUCAUCGGAAUUGCCCUGCUAAUGGCAUUCAGCGGAAGCCUCCGUCAAACAGUCGCCAAAUCCCACAAGAUCAGCCGCGGUCUGUGGAGAGAAUUCAUCUCCAAUCCGGUCAAAAUGUUCUUUCACUGGGAAAGCUUCAAAAGCAAAAUUCCAUCCGUAGUACCCGCAGAAGACUCGGGCAUACGGAAGCGCUUCGAUCAGUAUCUUGGAUACAGUAUUCAUCGGACACAAUUCGACGAGGACUUUUGGCAGCGUCGACAGGUGGAGAGGAGUCCACUUGAAGAGCUUGAACGGAGGAAAAGGAAACGAGUCAAAUCAAUGUCGAAGGCGAAUGGGUGGGGAGAGGCACUGGCGGAGAAAGUGCGUCGAGUCAGUGAGGGCGGGCUCAAUGUGUGA